CAAGACCACAACUUGUAUAUUUAGUAUUUACUAAUGUAUUCAUAGACUCAAAAAUUACCAUAACUGGCUAAAACUGGUGCUAAUAUCUUCUAAACAACAAUCGUAACAAGCUUUUGUACGAUGUGCUACGUAAUUAUUACUGGGCGUAGUCUUGCGUGGUUGCUUUUGAGCUUAGUAGCGUUCAUGCUAAUUUUAACCGGUAUUAUGACGCCCAAAUGGCUUUUAGGUCAGCCUGUUGUAUUGAACGAGAACAAUACAACAAAGUUUUAUGUACCCAGCGUAGGAAUAUAUAAUCGAUGUAUUCGUAUGCGACAUGACCGUUACAACUGUGCUCCAUUCUCUCUUUAUGGUUUGGCUACUGAUUCUUCUGUGUAUCCUAAACCAUGGAAGGCUGCACUGUUCUUCUUAUCCCUUUGUGCCGCAAUACAGUUUUCAACGGUCUUAGCUGGUGUAUUGGCGUGUUGUGUGCAAUCGGUGUUUAAGAAGAGCGUGAUAUCUCUAGCGGGAGCUACCCAAGCUUUAGGAGGUUUCUUCGGAGUCCUCGGGCUACUCCUUUACCCGUGGGGUUGGGGCGCGUCCCGUGUUAAGCGUCUCUGUGGUGACUACUCUGAGCCGUAUAUACCAGGAGAAUGUUCGAUCGGAUGGGCCCUCUUCGUGACUGCUAUAGGUGUAGCUCAAGUUUUCCUAGCCAGUGCCUUAUCCAAGACCGCUGAUAAAGCUGCCAACUCAGACAAAGUCCAGUUCCAGAUGGAUGAAGGGAAACAGCUGAUAUGUCUCGUUUGAUAAGACCUAAUAACUAUUUUCUAUUACAUAAAGCAACUCUGUAACAAACUCGAAACUCACCGAACACGACCGUAAAAUGUCAAUAAGUGAUAUGCAAUAAUGACUAUGAAAGUAUUUUUAAAGGAUAUACGGAUUAAAGUAUAUUUAAAGGAUAUACGGAUUAAAAUAGCGUAGCACUGUAAGCUGUGUUUCAACAUUUCAAAAGUGAGUUACGACCAUUUCUUACAGACUGGAAUUGCUGGUUGUAUAUUUGUAUUCGAAUAUUAGUAUAACAGUUCUCGAAACUUCCACAUAAGAUUAUGCUUUGUAUGGGAUAAAAAUAACUUCUUGACUAAUUUAUUAUUAAUAAAUUCAGAAAGGAAAUACUUUUUAUCGGUAUAUAUAGUUUGAUAAAAAAAAUACUAACUCGAACGCAAAAGCACAUAUUUAUGUAAUGUAACGAACAUCCAAAAUAUGUAUUUAAUUUAUUCAAUUAUAUACCUAUUAUGAUUAAAGAAGUCGAAUGAGUAUCACGUGACCGCUUGCAAUAAAUCUUAUGGAUUCGGCCCGGACUUAGAGAUCCAAGGUCCUUGGACACUUUGACAUUUAAGCUAACCCAUUCCGAAGUGGUUAGAGUGAAGUUAUGUUAUUUUUGGCUGGCAGAGCCCCUAGGCCGGCAUUGUAAGCCUAGGAAUAAAUCCGCGUAGGGUCCUUUCCAUCCGUAUUGUCGUACAUCCUUAAGGGUACUAUGUAAGACCUAUUUUUACUAGUCUCGAGCUUAUACUGAAAUCUCCGGAACUAAAUAUCCUAUGCAAUAUUAAAAACUCUACGCACAUCCGUCCCAUAUAACUCAAGUUUUAGUUUACAUACAGAUUGGCAAGAAACAUUUAAUUACAUAUAAUGUUGCGGGUAUUAAAAUGCCAUAAAUUUUAAUAAUUUAUCGUUUUUUUUUAAUAUAUGCUAUACAAACUUCCCGUCCAGACUUUGUACGUAUGUAAAAAUAUCCUGGAACAUGACCUCAAUGACACCUACCGGGUUGAAUCUGUACCCCCUCCCAAACACGCACAAUUUUUUUCAUCAAAACAGUCCGGAUGUUUAGGAGUUUAGUGCAUACAUACCUAAAGAAUAUUUAUAUAUUAUUAUAUUAUAUAAGGUUGAUAACGACAAAGAAUGGUGCAUAAUAUAUAUUUGAAAUUGUAAGUAAUCUCAAUUUUAUAGACUGAAAAAUGGCUUCCAUUUUUUUUUAAUUUGAUUCGUAUCUUAUAUUUUAUAGUCACAGAUAUCAAAGAAAUAGAUUUUUUUUUUAUU